AUGCACAUCAUCAACGCCUUUUUCAGCCUUACCCACGUGACAUCGCUUCGCUUUCGAUCCUUGUUCCGCGAUUCCGAAGGACAAUACGACGAGAUUCCGUCCAACGACGAGGAGCAUCCCGGUCUACAUGCGUCUUCCUCACGUGACCACAGCCUGACUCGGGAGUAUGAAGAUUUUUCGCAUUCCUGGAGUGCCUUGCGCUUGUGCCUGUACCACGCCAUUGUCUACUAUGCGAUUGCGGUCUUCGCUCUUUCUUUCAUUCUCUACAAAUGGCCAAUCAUCGAUUCUUUGUACUUUGCGACAGUGGUGUUCACUACCAUCGGAUACGGAGACCUGCAUCCCACCGAUCGAUCCGGACGAGUGUUCACUAUAUUUUUGUCGCUUUACGGGAUCGUAAUUUUGGGCCUCUUCUUGGGAAUUUUGGGUGAUGCCGUAGUCGAAGGUCACAACCGUGUGGUAGAAACACGACGGCGCAAGCUGAACAAAAAGGUUUUGGACGCGUUGGCACAAGAUCAAGGGGCGAAGAAAAAUGUAGCAGAGUCCAACGGAGACAAUGGCUCCAGCAGUAGUGAUGACGUGGUAGAAGUGAAGAGCUUGAUGCAAGAUAUAUGGUCGAUUGUGGUCCUGGAAGCUCCGAUUGUUUCCCUUUAUUGGGUCGUCAUUUCCGGUACGACGGUCGGCUUUGGCGACGUGACCCCGCACACCCCCGCCAUGCGGGUGGCGGCGAUUUUCUUUCUGCCGUUCGCCGUGGCCGUGUUGGGUGAGUUGUUGGCCCGGGUCGCUUCGGCCUACAUGGAACGGAAACAGCGGCAAACGGAACACGAAUUCUUGUCCCGAUCGUUAACAUUGUGCGAUCUCGAAACGAUGGACGCCGACCAGGACGGACGCGUGGAUCGCGCCGAAUUUAUGAUUUACAUGCUGGUGGCUCUCCAAAAGGUGGAGAAAGCAGACGUUGACCAGGUUUGCCAGUUUUUUGAACGACUCGAUCAGACCAACGACGGGUAUCUUACCAAACAAGAUUUGCUGGAUCGCCAGUGGAGCGAGAAUUUCCGUUCGUCUUUGGCGGGGUAA